AUUUUACUUCUGGACCUUUUGUCAAAAUAUUCAAUAAUCAGUCAUGAAUGUCUUAUCACAUCUCACAGAAGCAAUCAUCAAAAUUUUGAAUGAAGAGUUGACUGUCUUAGUGAAAGGAGAAAUCUAUAGGACGAAUGAGGCUUUCCUUAAUAGCAUUGAAAGGUUCGCGAACUUUUGUCUGCAGGAUACGCAUCCAGAAAUGUAUGAAUUGCAUUGUUUUGUUGGGGAUGCAGAAUUGACGAAUUACAUUGACGAUUUGACAUUUUAUGCUGUCAAUGGAGGUUUCAAUCAUAUAUUCAAGAAACACCUGGACAGUUCAUUCAAAGGCGAACCGAAACUAAUUGGAAGCGGCACAGACAGCUCCGGUAGCAGAUGACAACAAUUCAUGACUUGUUAAAAAUCUUCAAAUUUCAGUCAUUUUUCGAUCUUUUGUGGAUGAGUUAAAUUCAAGUAUUUUUGGACUUUAAAAUUCACUAAAACCACAAAAUUAAUAAAAAAUUUUAAAGUAACAAAAAGUUUCCUUGACUGGAACUCGUCAAUUUUCGCAAAUGGAACUUUUCAUCAUGAAUAAUUAAACCUUGAAAGCAGAUUAUCAAUUUUAAUUGGCGUCUCCUACUAAAAGCUUCGUGAUGAUGACGAAGUUGAUGCUUCGGUGAGUAUAAACUUUCCAACUAAGAGUUGACGAUGGAAAAUAAUCAAUAG